CGGAGUCCAUCUCUUUCGCUUUUCUUUCCCAUUCUUCCAUUAUAUAAUAAGAAUUCUAUAUUCUAUAUAAUUUCUCUGCUUCCACCCCCCACCUUCGCCAGCAGCCUCCUUUGACGGCAGCCAUUGACGCGUUUUGCUCUCCUUCUCUAAGCAUAAAUCAAGAAACUUCCCCAGAUCCGCUCACUGUUUUCAAUACUUCAAGAUCUAAAAAACAAAAAGAAAAAGAGAAGAAGAAAACUUCCAAUACUUUCUUGUUUCAUUAGUCAUGGAAUCUGAGCAACGCCGUAAGCGGAAGCGAAUAUACAAACCAGACAGCACCAGCAACUCUUUCUUUUCAGUAAGGUCUUUAACCGCUUGUUUAUCAUUCUUCGUCUUUCUUCUCUUUAUCUCUUCGGAUCGGUCGCCGAUUAAAACUGUGUCGUUUCGACCCGUUCUUAAUGUACCCGUUUCACUUUUGCCCACUCCUCUAGGUUUAACUCGUGAUUCUUUUGAUACUAAAUCUUUGCCUUUAAUAGUCGAAGAUAGGGUUUUGCUACCAGACCACGUCUUGCUCAUUGUUUCUAAUAAAGUUGCUACCAGUCAAAAUCUAGACUGUGUUUACUCCAAUUUGUAUAAUUCACAUGAUGUGGUUUUGAAGCCUGCUUUAUCUGUUAAUCAAUAUCAUAGAGAUAAGUCCAUUGUUCGCUGCCAGCUUCCACCCAAUAACUAUUCUGCCGCUGUUUAUUUACGGUGGUCUUGGGAGGCGGCUGAAGGUGUUGCCGCUGCAGCCCCCGCGUCAGUUGUUUCUUGGGAUAGAGUGGUGUAUGAGGCGAUGUUGGAUUGGAAUACUGUGGCUGUGUUUGUUAAAGGAUUGAAUUUGCGGCCGCAUAAGGAAUCGGAUUCAUCGAAGUUCAGAUGUCAUUUUGGUUUGAGUAAAUUUGACAAGGAUGAAGGAAUUGUGUUUACCACUGAAGCAAUCACAGCUGCACAAGAGGUUAUUCGGUGUUUGUUGCCCCGGAGUAUUAGGAAUAAUCCAGUCAAGGCUCAGGGUAUUCGUGUUACUGUUAGUCGCAUUAAUGCUGGUGAAGAUGGUGUUGAUGCACCUUUGCCAUCUGUGGCUAAAGUUUAUGGUGCCAAGUCUUAUGAGAAGAGGAGUAAUAGAGGCAAGUAUGAGCUUUGUGCUUGUACAAUGCUGUGGAACCAAGCUUCUUUUCUCCAUGAAUGGAUUACUUACCAUGCUUGGCUUGGUGUUCAGCGGUGGUUCAUCUAUGACAACAAUAGUGAUGAUGGGAUUCAAGAAGUGGUUGAUGAGCUUAAUUUGCAAAAUUACAAUGUCACUAGGCAUUCUUGGCCAUGGAUUAAAGCACAGGAGGCUGGUUUUUCUCACUGUGCUCUGCGAGCAAGGAGUGAAUGCAAGUGGCUGGGAUUCUUUGAUGUGGAUGAGUUUUUCUAUCUACCUCGCCACCGUGGACAAGAUAUGCUGGGAGAGAAUUCUCUAAGAACCCUGGUUGCAAAUUACUCAGAUUCAUCAACAUAUGCAGAGAUAAGAACAAUUUGCCACAGCUUUGGACCUUCUGGUUUGACCUCAGCUCCAUCACAGGGAGUAACAGUUGGGUAUACUUGCCGGCUUCAAGCUCCUGAACGGCACAAAUCUAUUGUCCGCCCUGAACUGCUUGAUACAACCCUUCUCAACGUGGUCCAUCACUUCAAACUAAAGGAGGGAUACAGGUACCUGAAUGUGCCAGAAAGCACAGCUGUAGUGAACCACUACAAGUACCAGGUGUGGGAUACUUUCAAAGCCAAGUUCUUUCGACGAGUAUCUACCUAUGUUGCUAACUGGCAAGAAGACCAAAACCAAGGUUCAAAGGACAGAGCACCUGGUCUAGGGACUGUAGCCAUAGAACCUCCUGACUGGCGAUUACGGUUCUGUGAAGUUUGGGACACUGGCCUAAAGGAUUUUGUCUUAGCCAACUUUGCUGAUACUGCCAGUGGGUACCUUCCCUGGGAGAGGUCUCCUUUCUGACGAAUUUAGAAUUGAGGGGGCUUGCAGCUAGGCGCCCAUUGAAAACAGAGUAACAAUACACGCAUCAAUUCAUUCUUUUGUUUGUUUUACAAUUUCGUACCUUAUACUUUUGGUGUUAUAGACAUGCAAAGUACACAGUUGUAAAGUUACUAAAAUAUGAAAUGAUUCUUUUCUUCA